AUGGGGGCGCGGGGAAGGACCCCCGACUCGGGGAUUGAGACAGCCAACCCGUUUAAUGGAGCUGGGAGGGAGACACCAAAAAUAUCCCUUUCUGGUACAGGAAUAAUACGGGGAAAGGGAACGGAGGCAAGCACAGGUGACAGAAAAACUUCUGGAAGGGUGGGGGAGCUCAAGGAGGUGGGACUUCCGGCCAGGUGGGCCGUCUUUCCAUCCCCUGGAAGAGGAUUUCCGGCAAAGACAGUCAGGCCGCUUCCAGCAAUGGACGCUCAAGACGAAGGACUUCCGGUCCUAAAAGGCCGAUUAAAAGAAAGGAUGGGAGCUACAGUUUUUGUGCAGCCCCUGGACCUAGUGAAGAACCGGAUGCAGCUGAGUGGGGAAGGAGCCAAGACACGAGAGUACAAAACCAGCUUCCAUGCUCUCACCAGCAUUCUGAGGGCAGAAGGGCUGAGGGGCAUUUACACCGGGCUGUCAGCUGGCCUGCUGCGCCAGGCCACCUAUACCACUACUCGCCUUGGUAUCUAUACUGUGCUAUUUGAGCGCCUGACUGGGGCUGAUGGUACACCCCCUGGCUUUCUGCUGAAGGCCCUGAUUGGCAUGACUGCAGGUGCAACUGGUGCCUUUGUGGGAACACCAGCUGAGGUGGCUCUUAUCCGCAUGACCGCUGACGGCCGGCUUCCAGCUGACCAGCGCCGUGGCUACAAAAACGUGUUUAAUGCCCUGAUUCGAAUUGCCCGGGAAGAGGGCGUCCCUACACUAUGGAGGGGCUGCAUCCCUACCAUGGCUCGGGCCGUCGUCGUCAAUGCUGCCCAGCUCGCCUCCUACUCCCAGUCCAAGCAGUUUUUACUGGACUCAGGCUACUUCUCUGACAACAUCCUGUGCCACUUCUGUGCCAGCAUGAUCAGUGGCCUGGUCACCACUGCUGCCUCUAUGCCUGUGGACAUUGUCAAGACCCGGAUCCAGAACAUGCGAAUGAUUGACGGGAAGCCGGAAUACAAGAACGGGCUGGAUGUGCUGGUGAAGGUCGUCCGCUACGAGGGCUUCUUCAGUCUGUGGAAGGGCUUUACACCAUACUAUGCCCGCCUGGGUCCCCACACUGUCCUCACUUUCAUCUUCUUGGAGCAGAUGAACAAGGCCUACAAGCGUCUCUUCCUCAGUGGCUGAGGCGAGCGAGGGGCCUGGAGCUGCUGUGCCGGGGCUCCCACUCGCCUGCUGCUCCUACAGUCAGUGUGCCCCCCGGGGGACCUAGACUCUGCUGCCCUGGGCCCCGCUAUUUAUUUUCCCUCCACAGUAUGGUUCCCUCCUCUGUGAUAAGGGACUUGUGGUCUGUCCUGCCCCUGCUCCAGCUCGCCCUCCUUGCCCUAAUCAUCAUGAUCUCUCUGUCCCUGCCUGUGCCCUGCACAGAGGUGGGAAGCUCCCUGCAGAUUCCUGGUCUCCUCUUGGGUAUUAGUUUCAGGGCACAUAGUACAGCAGAAGGCCCCCCCUUCUCAGUGGGGAAACCAAGGCAGAGCUGAGGGGACAGGAGAGAGCCGAAGCUGUCAAGAUGAUCAAAGGUCUGCAGUGGGAGGACAUGGCCCUUCCUUCCUCCACCUCACUGAGGACGUAAUCAAUAAAUUGGAUUGAUGACACCACCCCCAAAUCUGGAGAGCUGUGGGCACAGGAGGGGGAGGAGACUGGACAAAGAAGCGGAUGCCCCUGGAGAACAGGAACUGGAGUUUUUAAAAAAAGUUAUUAAAGAAAAAGUACCCGCUGUUUUUAUGCAAAUGUUAUGUAAGUCAGUCGUGUUGCAGCAGCUAAAGGGUGAGAAAAACCCAAGCUCCAGGCCCUGUGUGUUGCUUCCUAGCCCCUCGUUCAAGAAUACAACAGACGCCCAGGUCAUCUCAUGUAAUCCCCAGGAAAAAUCUCUGGGGUCUGGUGACUGUUUCUACAGCCUGAAGAGGGAGGGAAUAGAGUCUGAGAGGGGAAAGCUGACCUGUCGGGGGCAGAGUGGGCAUGGAGCCGGGCCCCCAGAGCCUGGAGGCUUGAUGUGGGCUGUACGCUGGGGAGAGUGACUGCCUUCUCCAUUUCUUUAGGAGAUGUGUGACUCCCAGGCCCUGCCCUCAUGGAGCUUAGGAACCUCUUGGGGCAUAAAAGGGCAUAGGAAGGUCAAUUGGAAGGAGGGCUGGGCGGCACGAGGCCUGAAGGUUUCUCCUGAGCCAGGACAGGGGACAGGCAGGCCAGGGGACAGGCAGACGGCAGGUGGGAACUGUCACCUUGGCAGAACCUCGUCAGUAGAAGAAGUUGAGCUCAGCAGCCUGGCGGUGCAGCCGGGCCCUCCCACCUCUGCCUCUUUUCUUACCCUCUCCAUGCACAUGCUGGCUUGGGCCACAGGGGCCGCUUUGAGACACUUGAAGCCUGGACCUUGUCCUUAAGGAGUGCCAAGUCCAGACGGGAGGAUGACACAGGGAAACUGGGAGUCAGCAACAGACCGCUGCAGGGGGAUGUGGGGCACCCGGGCCAGCCUGGGCGAGGGGAGACAGUGCACAGUACCCAACUGGCCAGGGAAGUGGGGCGGGGCAGCACUCCUGGCCCACUGAGAGCAAAGGCUUAGAGGAGAAACGCGGGGGAGCAGGUGAUCUCUGCAAAGUUUGUAAUAGCUGGAGCACAGGCUGUGAAGUGUCUGCUGUGGGAGGGGAAGCUGCACUGUUAGGUGGGUUGGUGCACGGAAAUCCUCGAUCGCCAAGCUCAGGAGUUGUCCUCUAUCGGAAAUAGUCCAGAGCAGGAGAAAGAUGCGGUCAGGGUUUCAGGUUAGGAGGAUUCUUCCUGCACCAUCUGGAGGAAGGGGUCUCCAUGGAGCCAGAAAGGCUCAGCCCUCACUCCCAUUCUCUGGGCCCUAAGUGCUGGCUUGGGCUGGAGGCAGGAGAGAAAGCUCUGCCCAACGUGGUCAGGUGAAUGGCAGAAUUCAUGGCACCAGGGGAGAGAACUGGGCUCCAUCUGCCUUCCUCCUGGCUUGACAGCAGGAAACUGAGAGUAGUUCAGUAAAACCCACCAAGAUGGUACUCACUGCCAGGCCCUCCCCUCCCCUGUCCUGCUGCCCUGGGCAAAGCAGGAGAGCUGCGUUUCUGAGGCCACAGGUGCCAGGAGGCACCCACCUGUCCUAGUACUGCAGGUUGCAGGCAGAUAGCCUCAGUAGUACCACUGAGCUCCCAGGAAACUUCUGGAUCUUGAGCUGGAACUUGCUUGUGGUUGGCCUGGUGGGUGGUUACCCUUGGAGGAGGGAAAAGGCGGCCCAGGCAGGGGAAGUGCAGGCCAAGACUAGAGCUUUUGGGGGUGAGCAGUGCAACUAGGGUGGGGCAGCUGGGGCCUUGGGAAUGCUGGUGAUGGUGCCCCAGCCUCGUUUCCCUCUCCAAAAGAACGAACAUUCUAUUUUUAAAUUAUUUUUAUGAUACAAAUAAUAUAUGAUGGUGGAAAACCAGAAAAUGCUAAGCAGAGAAAUAGAAAAUAAAACCACCCGUAUUUAUACCACCCAGAGACAAUCAGGGCUCACAUCGUGACAUCUCUUCCCAAGUUUCCUUCAAUACACGGAUACAUGUGAGAACUGUG